AUGAAGGGGAAAAAAGCGAAAAGCAAAGGCACGAAGGGAGGGAAGGGGAAGAAAGGCAGAGUAGACCCGAAGAACUUGAAGGAGGAGUCGGAGGCCGAGAGGGCUAAAGCCGCGGCGGCGCUAUGGGAGGCCAGGUUGGAGGUGACGGAGAUCUCCCGCAAGGAGUACCGCGAGGCUGCUCGCCGCCUCGCCCAGAACAACGAAGAGUUGGAGCGGCAGCAGCGGCGGCUGGAGAAGGAUACGGUCGAAGUGCUCUCCUGCCUCAAGAAGCAAGACCUGGAAAAGGAAGACCUGAUUGAGAAGCUGAAACAGCAAGUGAAUGAACUGAAGUGCAGAGCCAAAGUGGAAAAUGAACAAGUGGCAGAACAAUUCACUAAACAAUUAGCAGAGAUGGAGGAGAAAUUCUACCGAAAGGCCAAGGAAAUUGGUCUAAUUCAGAUUGAACUUAAGAUGAUUAAGGAUUUUCGCAAAAAUAAAGCACUUUUGGAGAAAGAACUUGAAGACCUGAAAGAUACCUUGGAUAUCACAAAAAAAGAACAUAAAGAAACUAUCUGUAUGUUGGAGAGAAAGUUCCUUGAAGAAAAGCAACGUCUGGAAAGAGAAGCAGAAAAGAAGAUUAUAAUGCUGGCUGAAAGAGCCCAUCAUGAAGCUAUUGUGCAGUUGGAUAAUGCUGGACGAGCAGUUUUUACAGAGAAUGUUCGUCUUCAGGAGGCUCUCGGAUACCACAUGAAAGAGACGGAACAAUUACAAAAAGUCAAGCAAAAAUUGGAGGAGAACAAUGCCUUUCUCUUGCAGGAAAAGGAAACCAAAGACCUUUUAGUUAAGGAGAAGAUUCUACAAAUUACUCAGCAGAAAGCACUAAUUCAGGAGCUUCAAAACAAGGUUAAAAAACUGGAAGCAGCUGUUAAUAACAUGGCCAGAGAAUUUAAAAUAGAAGUAAAAAAAACAGAAGAGAAGGCUUUGGUGCAGAACCAAGCAGGUCGGACAGAAAUUGAAAAGCUGGAGCAGCUGCUGGAAAUGAAAGACAGAGAGAUGAGCAGAGUGAAGAAAUUAGCCAGGAACAUCUUGAACGAAAGGACAGAAGUGGAGAAAUUCUUCUUAGAUGCUCUGGAGCAAGUAAAACAAGAGAUUAUAAGCAGCAGAAAGUGCUACAAGCAGGUUGCCCAAGCCGCAUAUCAAAGGAAAAUGAUGGCAGCGUUUGCAGGGAAAGAGGAAUACCCCAAAAUCAGAACCUUUAAUGACAAUGCACAUAGCACAAAUAGUGUGCAAAUGGACCUUUUGGAAGCAGAGAAAUGGACAAAUAUCCAGAAGGGGAAGAUGGACAUUUCUGAACUGACCUGGGAGCAGAAGGAAAGCGUAUUGAGGUUACUCUUUGCAAAAAUGAAUGGCUUAAGACAUCGGAAAUAUAGUCAAAUUUUGGUCCCAGUAACACCAACCAACUUUGCAGAAACAAAGACAUCUGGAGAUGAUACUGUUCCUGUCUAUGCUUUCAUCACUCAGCAGGCACCACUAUCUGAAUCAUCUCAUAAAUCAUCACCCCUUCCAGAUAUUCAUGUUCUACAACCCCAAUAGACUAAAAUCGAUGUUAAUCACAAAACAGCUGAAGUUACAAUUCUUGUUUUGUCAAUCUUUAUCCACUUCAGAUGUGUAAGACUAAUAAUACUGUAGCAAUGGAAUCACUGUUUUUGUGUAUUACAAUUUGGCACUACAUCAGGUCAACUUGAAAGAUAACAGAAUUGUUUCUUUAAAAAAAAUUGAUGACUUUCUCCAAAAAGUAGAAACCUACACUCAGUAUGUUUUUUAGUUUAAGAAGUUAUUUGAAGGACUGUGUAUUCUUGAAUAAAAUUGAUAAAAAUAUAUU